AUGGCCAAAGAGUUCAAGUCUGAAACGUCCAGUCCAACAGAGGGUCAUGAGAGGAGUGAUUUGGGUGGUAGUUUUAGGUUUUCUACCACCACGGGUGGUAGCCAGAGUGGUGGUGAUGAGGUGGCCAAGGGACUAUUCAGCCGGAGAAGAAAGCAAUGUUUAGGCUAUCUAUGUUGCUUUCCCAACUUAUUUUUCUUUUUUUUUUUCAACCAUGCUUCCCCUUCUACAUUCUCGGAGUGGAAUGUUCUUAAACCUCGACAUUUACCUUUACUCCGGAGUGCCUUACAGCGUGAAAGUUUUAAUGGAGAGGAAUCUGAUCUGUGGGCACCCUUGGCUGACCAAGGGUGGAGACCAUGUCUUGCAUCCGUAAAUGCCCCUCCAGUGUCACAGAAAUCAGAAGGAUAUCUCCAGGUAUUUCUUGAUGGGGGACUCAACCAACAAAGAAUGGGGAUAUGCGAUGCUGUCGCCGUUGCUAAAAUACUGAAUGCAACUCUUGUGAUCCCGCAUCUCGAAGUGAAUCCUGUCUGGCAAGAUUCAAGCUCAUUCAUGGAUAUAUUUGAUGUGGAGCACUUUAUUAAUGUAUUGAAGGAUGACAUACCAAUAGUCAAAGAGCUGCCUGAAGAACUCUCGUGGAGCACAAGGGAGUAUUAUGCCACUGCUAUUCGAGCCACCAGAGUUAAAAGAGCACCCGUUCAUGCAUCUGCAAACUGGUAUCUUGAGAAUGUCUUGCCCGUACUGCAGAGUUAUGGGAUCGCUGCAAUUUCUCCGUUCUCUCACCGUUUGACAUUUGACAACCUGCCGAGUGAGAUCCAGCAACUACGUUGUAAAGUCAAUUUUAAAGCGCUCGUUUUUGUUCCGCACAUUAGAGCACUUGGAGAUGCCCUUGUCCAUCGCCUAAGGUAUCCCAAGGCUCAAAGUCAAGCAAUUAGCACUGACCAUCUCCGGGAGACCUCUCAUCUAAAUGAUGAACAAAAGCCACAAAAGUUUGUUGUAUUACACCUUCGAUUUGACAAGGAUAUGGCUGCACAUUCGGCAUGUGAUUUUGGUGGGGGUAAAGCUGAAAAAUUGGCUCUGGCCAAGUAUCGGCAAACGAUUUGGCAAGGAAGGGUUCUCAAUUCGCGGUUUACCGAUAAAGAGUUGAGAAGUCAGGGACGCUGCCCGUUGACUCCUGAAGAAAUCGGAUUGCUUCUAGGAGCUUUAGGUUUCGGCAAUAAUACCCGUCUUUAUCUUGCCUCCCACAAGGUAUAUGGAGGGGAAGCUAGGAUCUCCACACUACAAGAGCUGUUUCCAUUGAUGGAAGACAAAAAGAGCCUCGCCUCUUCGGAGGAAAGGGUCAGUAUAAAAGGAAAGGCGUCGUUGUUAGCUGCCGUCGAUUACUAUGUUGGUAUGCAUAGUGACAUUUUUAUCUCUGCUUCUCCCGGGAAUAUGCAUAAUGCUUUGGUGGGACAUCGAACUUUCGAGAACACGAAGACCAUAAGGCCAAAUAUGGGACUGUUGGGGCCACUCUUCCUUGACAAAAACAUCAGUUGGCCGGAAUUCCGUCAGGCGGUGGUGGAAGGGCAUCAAAACAGACACGGGCAACUCAGGUUAAGGAAACCAAAGCAGUCCAUAUAUACAUAUCCGGCUCCUGAUUGCAUGUGCCAUGCUUAAGCCCUACAGGUUACUAAAAGAUAUGCUCAAGGAAGCCAAACUAC